AAACUAUUAGAUGAUGUUCGGACAUUCACUGCCCAAAAUCUGCAACGAGCGAAUAGGAUCGCAUUUACUAAUACUCGAUGGCGCGUAGGCACUAUGAGCGGCGGAGGUAAUCGAGUGUUUAAAGGUUCCAUGAGUUCGAAACUUUCUUCGGACAUAACAUCCGAGACAAUAUCGAAAUUGGAAAACGACCAAUGA